AUGGGUAAGCUAGGCUGCUCUCCAGAUGGCUACUUGAAUGACUCGAAAUUCAGCGAACCGAUGCCAUGGAUUGGAAUCUAUGUUGCAGCAGCAUCUGCAUUGUGUGCCUUGGCCAUGUCAGUAGAUACAGUCCAUGCCUUUCGAUACAGGAAAUUAUGGUUCCCUUGCAGCUUCUUCUCUCUCAAUGCAACCACUUUGACUCUUGUUGCAGUGGCUGUUAAGCUCUCAGUGGACCUCAACACCUCCAUGCCGCGGUCUCAAGAUCAGCUUGUGAAGCUUAGCAGCACUGUGUUCAUCUGCACUGUCAUGGGUAAUUUCAUGCCUUCAUUAGGAACUAUGGAAAACAAGGAAUUAAUAAUGAAUAUUAUGGCUCUGGGGAUUCUUGUUGUAACUGUUAUAGUGAAUAUCUGUAUACAACUAGCUACUGGGGUAAUUUAUGUUUUCUGGAAAGAACAUAUUUUUGUGCUGUUUUUGAUGCUUGUUUUGCUGGCAAUAGUGUGUUCUUCAGCUCUAGCUGUUCCGAGUACUAGGAGUUAUUUACGGAUGAAAUGUAGUAGAAUACAUAGUGUUGCUAGGAAUGAGUGCUUGCAGGAUAGGGAUUUGCCAGUAGUUGAGAAGCUUAGAGAAGACCUGAGUAAAUAUUGGAUGAUGGCUCAUACUUGA